AUGACAAACAUUUCUGCUCCUGAACAAAAACCAUUACCACAAAAUUCAAAUAGUUCUUCAAACGAUAUUUCUUCUCGUCAAACAGAAUCAAAUUCAUCUGAUAUUCAUUCACGGUAUUGGACAUUUUUAUUUGAUAAUUUAAAACGAUCUAUUGAACAAAUCUAUCAAACAUGUGAAUCUGAUCAAAAUCCAUCACAAUGUCAAGAAGUUAUACAAUUCCUUUGUCAAUAUUGUAAAAAUUUUGAAAUUCUUAUUAAAAAACAACAAAAUAUUCCUAAUGAAACAAAAAGUGAUAUAUAUUUAAAUGUAAAUAACUCAUCACAUCAUCGUUCUUCAAAUGAUUCAACGAAAUUAAAACGUCAAAAAUCAAAUAAAUAUCGUACAUCAAUUGAUAGUUCAAGUUUACUUUCAUUACCAUCAUUAUUUUCAACAUCAACAUUAACUAAUGAAUCUUCUAUGACAUUAAUUGGAAGUACGAAUCAGUCAUUAUUAUCAAUUAAAAAACCAUUAACUGAUGAAACAGUUGAAGAUGCUGAUGAUGAAAAAGAUGUUUGCGAUGAUUUGAUAAAUGCGAAUCGAUAUCAUCGAUAUCAUCGGCAGUUAUCUAUAACAUCACAUCAUCGGAUAAAACAGCAAAGUUUAACAUCGGAAGAAGAUGAUGAAGAAUUAUUAUUGAGAAAUCAUAGAGGAAUGGUGGAUUUUAUGGAUCGACAAAUAUUCGAUGUAUUUGAUCAAGAAGAAUCAUUAACUGCUGCAUUGGAAGCAGAACAAGAACGAGCAAUUGCUUCAUUAAUGGCUGAACAAGAAGAUCUUGAACAACAAAUAAAUAAUGUUAGUGAUGAUGAUCUUUUAUUAGGUGUUGAUGAUGGUUCAGAAUUAGAAGAAAGUGAAUUAUCGACAACAAAAACUUCAAGCUAUUUUAUGUCAUUACCUGGUGAUCAAGAUGAAAAAGACUUAAGUCUAAUUGAUCUUUCACGUGAUGAAAAUGAUUCUGAUCUCGAUGGAAAAUCUCGAACAAAACAUCAACGUCUUUAUGAAAAAUUAUCAACACCUUCACGUAUUCGGCCUUUGAGUGAAACUCUUCGUGAAGCAGCUGAACGUCAAGCACGAGCAUUAAGAAAACGACAAACAUUACGCGAUGAAAAAGCUCGUAAAUUACGUGAAUUAAUGCACAGAGUCAAUGAAGUUCGUCAAUGGAAAGAAGAAUUAAUAAAAGCACGUAAAACAACAAUUGAAAUAAAAAUGCAACGUGCUGAAGAAAAACGUCAAUAUUUAUUAUUAUUAAAAGCUAAAAAAGCUGGUGAUGAAGAUUUAAAAGGACAAGAAAUAGCAUUUAUUAAAUGUUUACAACAAGAAAAUCGUCGACAAACAUUAAAAGAACGUUAUCAAAAAGAAGAACAAUAUAAACAAUAUCUUGAAGAAGAACGUGUUAGAAAACAUGAUGAACAUAAACAAAAAGAAUUAGCUGCAGAAAAUCGACGAAAAGAAUUAGAAGCUAUACGACAAACACGUCUUAAUGAAAUGCAAGAAAAAUGGAAAACAAAAGAACGUAUGAUUGAACAACAUUUAACUGAAAAACGAAAACAAAAACAAACUGCCGCUAUUGCUAAACAAAAAAGUUUUCAGAAGAAGCGUGCAGAACGUGUUGAAUAUCUCAAAGCAUCAACUGUUGAAUUGAAGAAAAAAUUAACAUUAAAACAAGAAGAAAGUGCGCGACGACAUAUAACUCAACUCGAAGAAAUCCGUCGAAAAGCUAUGGAAAUGAGUGUUUUACGUGGACCAAGUGCUGAAGAUCAUCAUCAUCAUCAUGUAUCUCCGGUAGAUGAUGACACUAAAACAACAACAUCAAUAACAAACAUUCCAAUGAAUGACGAUCCUGUUGCAACUCGUAAAUGUUGUACACUAUGCAAUCUGUUGUUAGCUUCCGAUCUUCAUUUGCAAACACAUUUACGUGGUACUCGUCAUAAUCAAUUAUUAAUUGAAAGAUUUAAUCAAAAGAAUGAAAAUGGUGUCAAGAAACAACCUACACAAGAAGAACUUAAUACAUUUAAUACAGAAUGUAUAGCAGUUGUUACAAGUGAUGAUAUUGUCCGACAAGAAAUAGCUUAUAAUCGAGAACGAAAACAUGCAAUGAAAAAACGAGCUAAAAAACUACGCCUUCGUAUUGCUCAACGUUCGACAGCAUAUGAAACUGAAAAUGCCCAACGACCAUAUUUAACAUCGACACAUAAAGCACGUAUUCAACGGUUUUUAAAUGAAUUAGAAAAAUCUUUGAGUACAACAGCAAGAAAAGAACCAUUAAAUACAACAAAUUAUUUAGCAUGUCAACGUAUUCUUAGUGAAUUUGUUAAAAUUUUCGAUACAUAUGGUUAUGAAAAAGAUUCACCACUUGAACAACGUGUUUUUUUUAGUUUAAACGGUUAUUUAACGUUAAAUAAAAUGAUUGAAUUAAGAGCAGAAUCUAAUAAACCAGCACUUGCACCUGAAAGGUAA